AUGGUCUCCGAUCAGGCGUCUCGGGUCUCCUCGUCCCAGCGCGAGCCACAGCGAGGGCCCGAGGCAAUCGCCAACUUCUUCGGCGGACGCUAUUCCACCGAUCAGGGAUCCGUGCGCGCCAAGAACACAGAGUCGUCGCUCUCCAGCUACGCCGGGAGCAUGCGCAGGUCCUCCUCUGGCACCGAGUUCUACUCUCAGGCUCACAGCGCCAAUGGCGCCGACGGCGCCGACGAGUCAUCUGCCGCCAGCGCCAGCAACGCUCCAGCUUCACCCAAACCGCCCCGAGUCUACUCAUCGUUUUCAGCCGCCGCUGCCGCUGCUUCUCGCUCCUCAGUCAACAAGAAGAGCUCGCAGUCCAGCAUACCAAGCAAUUCCGCUGCAUCACCUUCCAUCCGUCAAUCUCCCGCCAUGGCCUCACCGCGCAUAUCCACAUCCGCUUUCGGCGGCGACGUCACCUCAUCCUCGGGCGUAAAUGCCGACUCCGAGUAUGCCUCGCCGUCAAAGGCUGCCAAGCCUUCCGGUUUCGAUGUCGCCUCGGUCAAUCAGUACACCCCCGGCUCGCUCGCCAGCACCUUCCCCUGGCUCUCCAGCAACCCGCAAUCCUCGUCCACUCACCUCGUCAGCCGAGAUCGCGUAUUGGCCCCCGCACAGAGCAGCGCGCAGCUCCAAUCUCACAUGGACUCCCCUCCCAACGUCUCUCAGUACAGCAAAGGCAAAGGCUUCGGCUGGAAUCCCAACGAUCAACACAGAGCGCCGCCCAAAUCCGCCUCCAGGCUGCGCACUACCACCAAUACACCCAGGUCCGAGAUGCGAGAUACCAAGGACUCCAUCGGUCGGGGCCUCGGCUUCAAGUCGACCUCCGAGCUCGAUCUGCCAGAGCGCAUGCGCAGUCAACGCAAAGCCGCUCUGGCGCCUCCGCGACUCUCGCAGGAUCCCAUCGCUAUCAGCAUAGAGGACGAGCUGCGACCCCAGCCUGGCGUUGCCAAGACCGACUCGGCCUUUUCCCGUCUCGGUCGUGCUUUCCGACGCAAGAGCAAAACCGGCAGCGACCUCAGGGUCGACCUCGGCUCCGAUGCCCCGCCCCUCCCAAAGACUCCCAGGCGCAUGCCCAGCCAGAUGCUCGCCACGAGCCAAUUGGAUCGCCUCGCCCCAAACGCCUCCUCCACUACAAGCAGUCUCACCGCGGACGCCGUCAUGCAGAGGCACAAGCGCAGCGUCGACAUCAACGGCGCCCGUGCAGAGCUCCAGGCUCCGCCCAAGGAUGCGCCGCAAGACAGUCAAAGCGCUUCGAAAGGAUCCGAUCACCCGUCGCCCUCUUCUCAGACCAAAUCACGCGGUGCCACCCGCAACUCGGCGGAUCUGCUUUCCAGCCAGGUAGAUGGGAACCGCCGCAACGCUUCCUUUGAUUCUCGACCAGUGGAAGGCGCAACUUCUCGAGUGGGCGUGCAGGAAGAUCGGGCAGAGGAAGGUCCCCGGACGGAUCAGCCGCGGUCGCUCGCCGACGCAAGUGCCGCUCCAGCCGACAGCCGAUCGAAUGAAGCAGAGGCGAGGCUCACCCGCACAAACCAUCGCACGCAUCCGGACAUCGCAGCGGAGGGGUCAAAGUCGCCCGAGGAUCGGCAACAGAACCGCCCGGCAGUCGACGGGUCGAACAGAGCCGAGGAUCCGCAAGCCCUUGACCGCUCCGAUGACGCCCAGCCUGGCGACCGAGCCGCGUCCGCAGCCGAUGCACGACCUCUCUCGAUGGAAUCCACAAGUUCGAGCGCGCGCCGAAAUUCUCUCGUCUUUCUCGCAUCCGCAAUCUCCAUGGGCGCCAUCGCCGCCGAGCCGCAAGAGGCUGCCAGCGCGGCCGACGCAAAGACUAGCAACAUCGAGACCGACAAGUCUGAAAAAGCAUCUGAUCGCGGCCCCUUGACAGACACUGCUGCGUCAAGCGUGCCAGCGCAAACGGACACCUUCGUGCGCAGCGACAACAAUGCGUCCGUCCCCACCUCGUCCGAGCAUCACACGAGCGCCUCUAUGACGAGGGUGCAAAGCGGAAGCUCCGACCGUCGGCGUCUCGAGCCCAAGUCAGCCGUCCGCAGUGACGCGGUUCCCAGCAUCUUGUCCGACUUUUUGAGCAUGGACGCUGCCCUGUCGGCCAAGGACGGCAACAAGCGAAAGGCCAAAGAGCCCACUGGCUCAUCUCGCAAAGCAAAGUCGACCACGGAGUCGAGUUCGGCCUUGGAGCGCACUGCCAGCGCCAACUCGGACGGCAAGAAGUCGUCGUACAGCACGUCGCCCAAGUCUUCGCGCGCCACCAAGGGCGUCUUCAUGUCGCCACCUGCCGGGCCCAGCAUGGGUGGCUUCGUCUCGCCUUUCUAUGUCGCGCCGCUCACUUCGGUCGACGCCGGUCUCGCUAACCGCGCAACGCGUCCGACAGGUCGUCGCGCAAGCGCGAGCUCGCGUUCAACCCAUAGCGAUGACUCCAAGAGUGUCCACAGCACGACGCGCCGCGGCUCGGCUUCCCAGGCCCCUCCCGCAGCGUCGCAGCGAGAGGCUCAGGAAGCACCUCAGUCCAGCCGCGCCACCGAAGAGACCGUGAUCAAGUCUCAGGAGCUUGCUUCGGCAGAAAAGGCCAGAAAGGUCAAAUCAGUCGGCAAUUUGAAAGCUUCGGCCCCCGAACAGAGCCAGGAGGCAAUGCCGCGCUCCAGCACUUCAAAGAUCCCAUCGGCCUCCGCAGUGUCCGACGCUCCCGCAAGCCGAUCGCAUGGUGUCUCGGCCGAGGGAGCCAAUGCCGCUACGCAGGCCGCCGAGGAAAACUCGAACGACAGCAGCCUGUCUCGUUCGCAAAGCAUUUCGCAGCGCUUGCUACGCCGUCCGAAGACGAGCGGGGCAGAGGCUGGUCUCGGAAGCGGGCGCACAACCUUGGCAGAUGCCGGGCUUCAGUCCAGUUCGCGAAGAGGCUCGGGUCCAGGUCGCGCAUCUCUGGACGAGUCUGGUCGGUCAGGCAAGCCGUUGUCCUCAUCGCCUACCGAGACCGACUUUGAGAUGCUUGCAUCUUCAGACCUUUCGGCUACGGCGAGCAAAGACACAUCGGCGUCGAGGACCUCGCGCGAAAAUGGACUGGCACCUCGCGCUUCGAACGCCUGGCUCAAAGAGAGCCCCGCAUCGGGGCGCAGACCGAGCGAAAGCAGCAGCGGCGCCAUCACGCCUUCCUCCUCCCGGAUCGAGUCGAGCGGCGGGGCCGCUGCGCUCUUCGGAAACCCAACGACGAGGCCGCGGACAUCGUCUCUGCUUCCGUCCUUCGGCUUCAGCAGAAGCCGCACAGGGUCUUCUGCUGGCCUUGAGGGCACAGGCAAGAGUGCAGGCACCUUUGGCGGUUCGAGUCGUUCCGCUUCUGGUGGCCUGUGGCGGGACCAGGCCGAUGCCGGAACACGGGGUGGCGCUGCCGAUAGCAGCUCGCAACUGCAGGACGUUAACGGGACAACGCGAUCGCCACGGGCGUCGAGCAGCUCGCGGCCUUCGUUCAGCAGGCAGCUGUCGUCCACGACAGCCGGCCUUGCAGAGACCGAGUCGGCACAGUCGUCCGUCAAAACGGAGAAGAAGUUCUCGCUCUCCGCCUACUUGCCCUACGACGACGAAGAUGCUCCCGAAUACGCCGAUCGAAUCGCAUCGACGGCGCCCAAGACUCAGCUGGCCGCCAUCUUAGCCUCCAGCCCCGACGCCUUCUACAUCGAUGCGCUCCACCACUUCAUGACGCGCUUCUGGUUCAACGGCCUUCCGCUCGACAUUGCGUUGCGAAAGCUGCUCAUGGAUCUGCAUCUACCCAAGGAGACUCAACAGAUCGACCGCGUGAUGGAGGCGUUUGCGAAGCGCUACAACGAGUGCAACUCGGGCCUCUUUGCUUCCGACGACCAGCCCUACAUCCUGUCCUUCUCGCUCAUGAUGCUUCAUACCGACGCCUUCAACAAGAACGCCAAGAACAAGAUGACCAAGGUCGACUAUCUCAGAAACACGGGGUCCAGCGGAGUGCCCACGGAGAUCCUCGAGUACCUCUACGACAAUCUCACCUUCACCCAAUUCAUCUACGUCGAGGACGAAGAGGGAGCGCGUCGUCGCCCCUCAGAGGCCUCGGGCAUCUCGACGGUUGGACCUGCCUUGUCGUCCUCGCUUGCGGCACAAGGAGCAGCAGCCAACGCGCGUACCAAGAUCGACCCAUACUUUCUGAUUACGCAGGGUCGGCUGGGCGAGCUGCGUCCGGAUUUGGAGCACCUCAUCCCCGAGGAUACGCCCUUCUCGUACACGGGCACGUUGCCUGCCUUUGACGUCGACCGUCUCAACUCGGCCUUCCUGCACGCCCCCAGCAUCGAGAUUGUCACGACGAAACCGCCGUCGGAUCUAGCGGCGGCCGCGAACGCCAGCGCAGCAGCAGGCGAGGAGGAGGUGGUGUCGCUAAAAGUGACCAAAGUGGGCAUCGUCAACCGCAAAGACGACGUCUCGGACGGCGGCAAGAAGGCAGCGUCGCGCAAGUGGAAGACGAGUGGUCUGCUGUUGACGGGCUCGCAGCUGCUGCUCUUCAAGGACGUGGUGUGGAUCAACGCUUUGCAGUCGCAGAUUCUCGAUCAGGUCGGUCACACGCUGCUGUGCAACGGCAUCCCUACCGACGACCCCACGGCUGUGGACGAGGUUGAGGGCGGUGUGGUGAUCUCGCCGAGGAUCACCUACUUCCGGCCGGACGGAGUGAUCUCGCUGGCGGAUGCGGUUGCGGUCAAAGACCACUCGUACGGAAAGUACGACUUUGUCUUCCGACUCUUGGCCGCCAAGGGCCGGCAGUACCUGGUGCAGGCGCAGAGCGAGGACGACAUGAAUGAUUGGAUCCACAAGAUCAACUUUUGUGCCAGCUUCCGCACGUGCAACAUCAAGAUCCGUGGGCUCGACCUGGCCCCGCGCGCCGGAUCUGGCACGGGGCUGGCCGAUCCAGAUUCGUUGGAUGUUGGCGACCCGUCGAACGGCCGCUCGGGUCGUGGCGCUGUCUCGAGAUUGUCUUUGUCGGACUCGGACCGGGCAUCGAGAGGCAUUGAACGGGAUGGCAGCGGAAGAUCGACGCCUGUUCCAGACGAGGCUGGAGAUACUUCGAGAGAGGCGUCGUUCCGGCUGAGUGUGGACCCGAUGUCUCGCACGAGCGAAUCGGACGGGCCACCCCGUCCUGCCUCGUCGGCGUCCCAGCGAAUGAGUCCGGCGUCGAGCGCGCUGCAAAAGCGUGCCAAGGCCCGGCGUGAACUCAUGCUGACCAAGAUCGCCGAGACGGAGGUGCAGCUGGAGCGGGCGUCGACGCGGCUGGCGGACGAGAUCCGUCUGGCACGCCACUUUGCCAUCCUGACGCCGUUCCUCAAGUCGACGCGCGAGCGCAUCGAGAUGUCGGCGCAGCCGCUGGCGCAUCGCAUCCGAAGCCUGCGAUUGGAAGUGUCGAAGGCUGAGUCGCGAUGCAAGAUGCUUCGUCUCGACCUGGCGGCGGGCGAGCGGGUGGCCAGAGCGCUGCUACCGGCCGUGUACCUGUCGGCGUCGGCGAUGCGCUCAGCGAACCGACUGCCGUCGUCGCAGGUUCGCACGCCGCAGCUGCUUGAGCUGGGCCGCCUCUCGGAGUCUCAGGCGCAGUUUGAAGACCUGUUUGCGCCGGCCGCCUCGAACGGCAGUGCGGCGGGCAGCUCGGACGCUGCAGCUGCGCUUGCGGUGGCCAACAAGGUGACCAAGCCGGCGUCGCAUCAGAGGAACCAGAUGAACCUCAACGCGGUGACGGAACAGCCAGCCGACGAGUCGCCGGUGAUCGCGACGCGACGCGAGCUGCCAGCCGAGGAUGCCGCGGACGAGCGCGGCGCGGAUGUGGCGGCGUCUGGCGGGCGGAAGCAACGGCCACCUUCGCCCGCGCAGUCGGUGGCGUCGCAAUCGUCGGCCGAGAACCAGCAGGGCCGAGAGCGAGACCGAUCGAGAAGGCGCACUCACGGUGCGGACGUGCCGACGACGGAUGAGGUCCCAGAAGAUUGGGACCUGAGCCAGGUGGCGCGACCGGGCACCAACCGCAUCAGCCUCGUCGACCUGCCUUCGCCUGACGAGCUGCAGGAAGCCACGGGCGGACGCUUCCGAUUCGGCGUGCGCGCGGCCGAGUGA